CCCGUGACUAGUUUCCAGCUUAAGAUGGCGUCUCCCAUGGCAACUCAGGCCGGGAAAGUUGUUCGCGAGCUGGCUUGGAGAUCGUUCCUCCUCCUGGGCAAGCCCCGGGCUGUUCAAUUAACUCCCAGACGAUGGCUUAACCUGCAGGAAUUCCAAAGCAAAAAACUGAUGGCAGACCAUGGGGUUAAAGUUCAGAGAUUCUUUGUGGCUGACACUGCAAAUGAUGCUCUUGAGGCUGCAAAGAGACUAAAUGCAAAAGAAAUUGUUCUAAAGGCUCAGAUCUUAGCUGGAGGAAGAGGAAAAGGGACUUUCAAUAGUGGAUUGAAAGGAGGAGUUCAUUUAACCAAAGAUCCUAAAGUUGUAGGACAGCUGGCUAAACAGAUGAUUGGGUAUAAUCUAGCAACAAAGCAAACGCCAAAGGAUGGUGUGAAAGUUAAUAAGGUGAUGAUUGCUGAAGCAUUGGAUAUUUCCAGAGAAACCUACUUUGCUAUUUUGAUGGACCGGGCCUGCAAUGGGCCUGUUUUGGUUGGCAGCCCUAAAGGAGGUGUUGACAUUGAAGAAGUGGCAGCUACUACUCCAGAACUCAUCUUUAAGGAAGAAGUAGACAUUUAUGAAGGAUUAAAGGAUAGCCAAGCACUUCGAAUGGCGGAAAAUUUAGGCUUCAAAGAUGCUCUGAAAAACCAGGCUGCAGAUCAAAUUAAGAAACUGUAUACUCUCUUCCUGGAAAUCGAUGCAACCCAGGUUGAAGUUAAUCCCUUUGGUGAAACUCCAGAAGGACAAGUUGUUUGUUUUGAUGCCAAGAUAAACUUUGAUGACAAUGCAGAGUUUAGGCAAAAAGAAAUAUUUGCAAUGGAUGAUAAAUCGGAAAAUGACCCUAUUGAAAAUGAAGCUGCCAAAUAUGACCUAAAAUACAUUGGAUUGGAUGGAAACAUUGCCUGUUUUGUGAAUGGUGCUGGUCUUGCAAUGGCUACGUGUGACAUCAUUUCCCUUAAUGGUGGAAAGCCAGCAAACUUCCUGGAUCUUGGUGGUGGUGUAAAAGAGGCACAAGUGUAUCAAGCAUUUAAAUUACUCACUGCUGAUCCUAAGGUUGAAGCUAUACUUGUCAACAUUUUUGGUGGAAUAGUAAAUUGUGCUAUCAUAGCCAAUGGCAUUACUAAAGCUUGCCAAGAACUUGAAUUGAAGGUGCCUUUGGUGGUCCGUCUGGAAGGAACUAAUGUGCAUGAAGCUCACCGUAUCUUGAACGAGAGUAGACUCCCUAUUACUUCCGCCAGUGACUUGGAGGAUGCAGCUAAAAAGGUGGUAGCUAGUGUGACACAGAAGUGAUGCCUGUGAGUUAAUCCUGUGGCAAAGAAGUCCAUCUCACAAAGAAUAAAAGGUUUCGGUAGUUUGGAGGAAAUGGAUAAGUAUGUGUGCAAUCAUAGUAGUGCUGAUUUGAUGCAAUUGACAAAAAAGAGAAAAUAUUAAGUCUAAACCUUUAGAAUUGGGAGUCCUGAUAAAAUAAUUUACAAUGUUUACAGGUUAUUUUGCAAAUGAUGACCCCUUCUCCCUGAAUUUCCUUCAUUUCCUGUUGAGUUUUGCAUUGAUUCUAGUGGUGGUAGCCCUUGUAGCAGAAUGCUGGUACCCCUGGUGGAAAAUGUAGUCCAGGUUCACUUGAGAAGUUUCCGAUGGGACUCAUCUAAUUGCUGACUUAACAGUAAGACUUUAUUCUAGGUAAAAUCAGACAUGAAUGUAUUGACCACAGAUGUUUUUGUCACUUUCAGAAUGAGGCAGCUAAAACUUCCAGAAUAGAAAUGCUCAACAGGAUUAAGCUGGACAGUGGUUUUACAAGAUUAGCAAUUUCAACAAAUGUUGGUAUAUUUUCUUCCAGUUUUUUUUCCUCCCAUAAAAUAUGGGUCGUGCCACACAGUUGCAUUGUGCCUUAUGCCUUAAUAUGGAUUGUGAUCUAUCCACCCUUUGUAUUAUAACCCAAAAGUAUACCUCACUGUAGAAAAAGCAAAUUGAAGAUCCUGAAGACCCUAUUUGUGACUGUGGUGGUUGACUUGCUACCAUUCUUCUCUCUUCAACUGAAGUGUGAUUCUGGUGAAAAUGUGUUUUAUUAAUUGGAGGCAAAGUGUAAAAUUUUUGUAGGUGACAGUUCCUUAAGACCAUCUUUAGUUGUGUUAACCUACUUGAGGAAAAAAACAAACUACUGCUACUUGAUUUUCAAUGUUGAGAAUGUGACCUAUAUUAACAAUACCAUCCUCAUGUUGUGGGGGGAUUUGAAUUUGAUUUUUAAUGAAAUUUUUGCAAAUGUUUAUAUCUGUUACAAAAAUUGAAUAAAAUCCUAUAUUACAUGCA